AUGCGUGUUCUCCUCUGGCAGCUGUGGAUAGUGCGGAUCUUCCUGGUUCGCGAGGCUUACCCUGAGGCAGCGGAGAAGUGUCACACUCAGGAGAGCAGGUUCAGGUGCCCUGGCCGUGUCAUCGUCGUGGGCGCUGGCCUGGCUGGGCUGGCAGCAGCUCAAAGCUUGCGACGUGCUCAGUGUGAUGUGCUGGUACUGGAAGCGCAUCAGCACGUGGGUGGCCGGGCGGCUCCCAUUCCUCAUGGCCCAUUCCAAGGCUUACAGCAAGGAGCUCAAUGGAUCCAUGGCGGCGAACAGAAUCUGGUGAUGAUGGCCUUACUUCGAUUUUACAACAUUUCUACUGUCCGGGUUGGUGGCAACAGCGAGUUCGAAGGUGAUGAUGACAAACACCAUCUCCACAAGGAUGGGAUCAAUGGAGCCUUGAAAACCAAGGCCUUCAGAAGCUUUGAAGAAGCCAAAGUGCUCUUUCAAGACAAAGCUGCACGGAUAGUGGGGCGUACCUCAAGGGACGCCUCAGUAAGAGAUGGUUGGGCAUCGAUUUUAGCACCACGACCUCGUUGGGAAGUUGAACUCUUAGAAUGGCAACUCCGAGUCCGCUCCGAGCAGAGUUGGGCAGUGGGUCCUGAGCGUGCUGGGCUGCGCCUUGCAGAAAUGGCAACCUAUAAUGAAUUUGACGCCGCGGUGCCGGCUGAUGGAGGCGAUCUCCAGCUCGCGUCUGGUGGCUUUAGUAGGCUCUUGGAGAAAAUGUCCGAGGGUCUCGACAUUCGUCUGGGUGAGGAGGUCAAAUCAAUCCACGUUGAUGAGACAGAGGUGUUCGCGCAAACUGCGAAUCAGACAGUGCACAAAGGCACUGCUAUCAUCGUGACGGCUUCUUUGGCACUGCUUCAAGCACAACGCAUAGAGUUUCAUCCCAGAAUGGCACAGUCGUGGUUUGAAACACUGGACCGUUUGCAGAUGGGUCAUGUGGCCAAAAUCUUCGUGAGGUUUUUGCCUGGUCUAUGUCCCGUAGGGGAAGCCACAUAUUUGCUCUCGAAAGUGGUUGAGACAAACUCAAAGAAAUUGCUGUACUAUUGCAUUCGUCAGACGGAGGCUGAGGCAGCGAUAUUGAUUUGCUUAGUAGGAGGCCCUUCAGCAGAGGCUGCACAUCACACUUCUGCAAAGGGCCUCCUUCACAAUCAUGUCGUCGAGGAGCUGCAGGACAUGUAUCCAAGCAUGCCGCCUACAGCCGUUGAGCAAGUGUAUUUCGCGUCUUUUGCAGACGAUCCAUAUGUGCUUGGCUCCUGGACCUCGGGAAAGGUAGGAUCAUCCAGCACUGAUUUUGAAAUCUUCGUCCCAAAGACUGGACGUUUGUUCUUUGCUGGGGAGCAUACCUGUCGUUUGAUGUAUGGCACUGUGCAGGCGGCAGUUGUUUCCGGGGCACGGGCCGCGCAGCAGGUGAUUCGCCCGGGAGGUCCUCCACUUUCGGAGUUGUCCACUUGGCCGCUUUUCGAUGACACAUUGUCAUCAUUAUGCGACGAGCUGGUGCCAUCCAAUCGUCAAGAAGUUUGCAGUGAUUCUUGCGACAAAGUCUGGCAGCGCCUGGCGUACCAAGUGCCUAGCUACUUUCAAAACUGGUCGGGAAUUCCUCGUGCAACAAAGACUUGGUGGGAAGGGCUCGGUUGGACAGAGCAUUGCUGGCUAGGUCAUGGCAGGCCACCUCCGUCUAGCAGAAAGCAAUGGAAAAAACUCAACUUUCAGGAGCAGAAGUAUGCCUCCUGUGUCGGAUACGGCAAAGAUUUGUGGAAUGCCUUGAGAGAAGACACUGCAGAUUUGGUGAUAUGCCGAAGUGGCUCUCAGCAUUUCCGGCUUCCCUGGGACUGCUUGCGCUCCGAAAUGAAGAAAGAUUGGAUGGAAUUGGGCCUCACACGUUCGAUGCUGGAUGAAGGAGUUCCAAGCCCACUGACAGACACCAGCUUUGGCGACCUGAACCCUGUGCAGCAAUCAGCUGCCUUGCGCAUUGGUUAUCGAGAGCUUUAUGCAAUUGGUGAAAGUGGCCAAAGACUUGGGAAGGUGGCAUCGAAGACUUUGGCAGCUGCAUGGGCCAAACUUGAGGCAAGGCAACAUGCCUGGAAAGAAGAGCAAGAAGCCCGCGAAAUCCGACUUUUGGAAAAGGAGGAGGACCGUGGAACCGACCAAGACAGGGCGAGUUCCGAUUUGUGCAUUGUGCUGGAACUUGGCCAUCUCAACCAGGAAGUGUGGAAGCGGCACGAGGGCCCAAGAAAUAGCAACCAUGACGCCAUGCCGAAAGCAAAGUCCCGUAGCCCCCCCCGGAAGCCGCAGAAGUCAAACAGCUUGCCGCAGCUGAAGAAGACCUACUAUGCACCCCUGCAGCUAUGCUCGGUGAACCUUUCAAAGCACACUUAUUCCUGCAAGGAUGUGCGGCUGGGUGUUGUGGAGAGAGGUGAGCAGCGACGGCUGCCUUUUAUGCAUGUGGACCGAGCCGAUGACCGCUCCGAGACUGUGCCAAAGCUGCCAUCUUUGAGCAAAAUCAUGAAUUCGAUUCAUAGAAUGAAGCUCACAGAGCCAAAGGAACCGACCAAAGCUCAAAGCAUGCAGAGUUUGCAAAGUUUGCAGAGCCCAAAGAGCGGCAGCUUGCGAUUGAAUCCGCUCUUCGGUGGAUCUCCACCCUACCGUGGGGGACCGCGCCUUCCAGUCAAACGCAAGCGCUACAUGUCAGGCACGUUGGCAAAGGUGAAGUUGCCCCGUUCACGACCGUCUUCGGGAAAAAAGGGGAAACGCGCCGCUUGGGCAAAAGAAAGCGAGACUGAGUUUGUGGAGUACAACGAAGAUGACUCUCAUGAGGAGGAAGCAGCGUCAUCCCCGAAAUCAGAAGAUGAAUCGAGCUCUUCGAGUUCAUCCUCUGACUCAUCUAGUGACUCCAGCUGGAGCGACUCCAGUGAUGAUGAGCAUGAACCACCACCACCUUCGGCUAUGCGUGGUCGUUCAACUGCCAUGACUCGAAGAAUGUCGGCUUUUGCGAUGAUGCUACCACUUCUCGAUAGCAACAAUCAGCCUGUCCGGCGAGCCUCAGUGGCAGAGGCAUUCUUAAAAGCCUUUGACGAAAGCAAAGUUGAGGACAACAAGCCAGGUAAUGAAUUGGAUUUUCCUUGGAGUGACGAAGAGUGUCGAAGUGUUUUCAUCAAGUUCGACACUGACACAGAUGGGGAAGUUGCAACUGAAGACCUUGAGAUAAUGCUUCGAUACAUGGGAUGUAUCCUGCGGAAAGGUGAAGUGGAGAAGUUGAUUCAAGACAUGUUCAGCUAUGCAACCGUGAGCUGGGAGGAAUGGAUGUCUUUCCUGGAGAAGUAUCGAGAAGUUGAUGAGCAGUACUUGCGGGAUGAGUUUUCAGCUGCUGACUUUGAUGGAAAUGGCACUUUGGAUGUCGACGAGCUGAAUGACCUGUUGAAGAAGAUGGGCUACAUUACUGAUUCGCACACGGUGAUGGAAGCGAUGGAAACCAUUGGCUGUGCUGGGAAAGGCACCGUUGACCUCCGACGCUUUGAAAAACUCCGGGAGCAUUUGCGCUGCACUGAAGGCUUGGCGAGGGCUGAUGUCAAACAGCUUCGAGCAUUGUAUGACCGAGUCGCCCACACAGCCAAGGUCCAGCAACGCAUGCGGAAGUUGGAUCUCGGUAUGGGAAGCCAGCAAGACAUUGCGAAGAAACUCAUCGCUGAGCAGCAAGAGAUGCCAGUAGAAGAUAUUUGGCGUAUCAUCCAGUGCCCUUUGCUGUGCCCUGAUCUGCCCUUUGCUGUGCCCCUGUGCUGA